AUGAGUGGUGCUGGACGACGAUCAAAUGUUUGUGAAAUUACGGGUUUAAGUGCACAUCAGAAAGCAAUCUUGACGACAAUGUGGCGACAAUUACCACGUGGUUUAGUAUUUGAUCUCGGAAAACGUGUCUUUGAAAUAAUCUUUGAACGUGAUCCAAAUUUAUUAGUAAUAAUUAAUUUGGAACAUUUGCAAAGUACCAAUCAAUGGCACGAACAUGUAAAUUUUCGAACGCAUGCUCAA